AUGGACUGCAUACCAUGGAAAGCGAUCAGAGCGCGCCGAUCUCGCGACCCUACACAGGCCGGCUGGCCCGACGCUAUGGCAAGCAUUGAAGAUACAGUCCGACUCGCUAAACUUCAACCUGCCGCCAUACGGCCACAUUCAGCCCUACCAAAGAACAAGCUAUCAGCUCUCAUCGACCCAGCCGACAUUCCAGAGGGAGGGCAUGUGCGUAGUCCUAGCGGCAACCUGCUCGACGCCAUGCAGUUCGAGGCACGUCCAGAUCGUCCUCCGUGUAUUCGGGAACGUCAACAGCGCAUUCUCGCGCGCGUGCGAUCACAAGCCUCUGUGGCUAAUGCCGAGCAAGUCGCGCCGUUUACGCAGGAUGCCGAUGAGAAAGAGUCUGGCAACCGGACCACCAUCGAGGCCGGAAAGCGAAGGAGUGAUAGCGAUAGUGCGAAAUCCUCAGAUGAAGGGACUCUGUAG